UUCAAUCUACCUAGCUACCAUCUGAAGAGUAUUCUUAGAUCUUUAUACCUGAAAGAGAUCAUUUUUUCUCAGGUGCCAUGAAGGCACUAGUAGCUUUAAUAUUGCUUGUUCAGCUUCCAAUUCACAAAGCUGUACCAGCAGCUCCCCCUGCUCCCUUGGGCUGCGAUGACCCAGAAUCAGAAGCAGCAGCUGAAGUAGCUGUGAGUUACAUUAAUGGCCACAGUCGUCACGGGUACAAGUUUGCCUUAAACAGAAUUGAGAAUAUCCGCGUGCUACCCCAGGGGCCAAAUAAUGACAUUAUAUUUCUUGAGGUUGACUUACUAGAGACCACGUGCCCCAUUCUUAGCCCUACACCUCUUGCAAAUUGCACAGUAAGGAGCUUCACAGACCAUGCAGUUGAAGGUGACUGUGAUGUCAAACUGCAAAAGUUGAAUGGACAGUUAUCUGUACUUGCCAGUAAAUGCCACUCACAUGCAGACUCAACCGAAGAUAUAAUCCAAAUCUGCCCUGGCUGUCCACUGCUGGCAAGGCUGAAUGACACUGAGGUAUUGGCAGCUGUUACAGCUGCUCUCAAUGACCACAACAGCAAAACUACUGAUGCUUACCUCAAACUCCUUGAGAUUGGAAGAGCCAGAAUACAGUAUCACCCAGCGCAUGUUGUCUCUGCUGAGUUUGCUGUGGCUGCCACAAACUGCUCAGCAGCAGAAGCUAAAGCUAAUGUGGAAUCUUGUCAAUUGCUACCUGAUGAUCAGUCUAAUUUUGGUUUCUGCACAGCAACAAAGGUGAUACGCCCCACAGAGGACCUCAGCGUAGACUGCCAGCUCUACGGACAUCAGCCUGGAGUUACCUACCCUCACCCAGGUCAAGAUGCAACAGCAGGAAUUAAUCCCAGUGUUGUACAAGGCUUCCCAAAUCAUAAUCUCAAGCUUUCCCACAAUAACCCUGUUGCAUCUGAAUCCAGCUCUGCAGAAUUUCCUACUGUAGCUAGAUCUGUAGCAAAGAGAGCAGUUGCAGAAGUUGCUCAGCAUGACAAAGGAAUUCACCCAGUUGGCUUUGUGCCUCUUCUUCCUCCAUGCCCUGGGAAGAUUCGCCAUUUCAAGAUUUAGGCUGUGUUACAGACAGGGCAAUACAGCUAACAGUGUGCAGCAGCAGCAACACAGAGACCACAACAUCAAGUGUAAAUAGGUGAGAAUACUUGAUUCUGAGCCCAAAUGAGUUUCACCCUCCAGAGAGAUGAGCUGUAUCCAGGAUCUUGAGAAGGCCUGCUUCAAAAUAUAGGUAAUUACAACGUAUAGUAGUUGUUUCCUUUGCAUAUAGGGAUGCUCUAGUUAAAAUACAGAUAAUAUUGUUUCAAUGAAACUGCUGUAAGAGCUAUACAACAGUUGCAGCUUUGUGAUAGAAACACCAUCCAAAAGGUUACUCCACAAUAAAAUGUUCAACAGAAAUGCUUUGG